AUAUUCCACUCUUGUAGUUAAUAACUAUUUCACCUCCAGUUCUAGAGUUUGAUGUGUGUAUUCUGGAGUCGUAGAAAUCAACUGAUAUCAUGAAAAGAGGUCGGAAGAAUCUGAAGAGAGCAUCCAAAGAAGAAAUUCCAACCCUGCUCAAAGACCAAAGCAUAAUGCAAGUUGUAUCUCUUCGUGGUUCAAAUCUUAUUGAGGUAAUGGAUGCAGAAGGGCAGAAAUCACUGGCGUUAUUUCCAGCUAAAUUUCAAAAGAGUAUGUGGAUUAGACGAGGAAGCUUUGUUGUGGUGGAUGAAAGUGGGAAGGAGAAGGCCCUUGAAUCGGGCAGCAAGGUGGCAUGCCUGGUUUCGCAAGUGCUCUUUUAUGAGCAAAUUCAUGCGCUUCAGAAAUCUACAGAGUGGCCAGAAAUUUUCAGAACAGCAGUCACGAAUGAUUCAAGUUGCAAUAUAGAACCACCCACCUCCAAGGAGGAAUUGAAUUCAAGUGACAGUGAUGGUCUUGCCCCACUGGAGGGUAAUCUGAACAGAACCAGACCCAUUGAGUUGUAUUCAGAUUCAGAGUCGAAUUCAGAUGCAGAUUCUUAAACCAUAUGAUGGAUCUCCGAAGCCUCGACCACUUCUCAUGGAAAUUAAAAUCAUUUUUAGUGGAAAUUGGAAGGAGAGUCGGGUUAUUUAUAUCAGAUGGAUCUUCAUGUUUUAAGGCAGAAGGAUUUUCUUAGUUUUAGAUAAAGAAGUAUCCUAACAUUUUAGGUGCCAUGAAUAUUUU